AUGCCAGGCGCCAACCCGCACAACUACGCCCUCGAGCCCGCCGCCCAGGCGUUCUGCGAGGCGACAGCCAACCCGCCGUUCCUCUUCCAGCUCCCACCUGCCGACGGGCGCAAGGCCGUCGACGACGUGCAGAACUCGCCGGUGAACAAGCCCGACGUCGACGACAAGUGGAUCGAGGUGCCCGGGCCGAACGGCAGCGGCACCGUCCCAGUCCGCAUCGUCAAGCCCAAGGGCGCGAAGGGCGUGCUCCCCGUCAUCCUGUACACGCACGGCGCGGGCUGGGUGUUCGGCGACGCGCACACGCACGACGUGCUCGUGCGCAACCUUGCCGUGCAGACGGGCGCGGCGGUCGUGUUCCCCGAGUAUGUGCGCGCGCCGGACGCGCACUACCCCGCGCAGAAUGAGCAGAGCUACGCGGCCGCCAAGUGGCUCUUCUCCAAGGGCGGAGACGAGGGGCUCGACACGACCCGCGUCGCGAUCUCGGGCGACUCGGUCGGCGGCAACAUGGCCAUCGCGCUCAUCCUCAUGGCGCAUGAGCGGCGCGAGUUUGCGUUUGCUGCCGCAGGCCUGUUCUACCCCGUCUGCGAUGCCAGCUUCGACAGCGCGAGCUACAACGAGUUUGCGGAGGGCUACUUCCUCGCGCGGGACGGCAUGAAGUGGUUCUGGGACCAGUAUACUACAAGCGAGACGGAGCGCGCCGAGAUCACGGCGUCGCCGCUCCGCGCGACAGAGGACCAGGUCAAGUUCUUCCCGCCCACGCUGCUCAUCACCGCCGAGUGCGACGUGCUCCGCGACCAUGGCGAGCAGUUUGCCGCCAAGCUCCGCCGCGCGGGAGUGCAGGUCACGGCCACGCGGUACGGCGGCACGAUCCACGACUUUGUCAUGGUCAACUCGCUGCAUGAGACGAAUGCGUCCAAGGCGGCUAUUGCGCAGGCGGCCCACUUCUUCCGGCAGGUGCUCAAGGUCGAGUGA